AUGGUUAUGAAGAACAGCAUUUUUUACUUAUUCUUUCCUCUUACGUUUUUUAGUAAUCGAAUACGUCGAGCUCGCGCGCAAAGGGAUAAAUCCAAUACAGAAAAAUCAAAACGAGAGGUGCCCCAAAGUGAGCUGCAGCGUACUCAACGUCAAGCCAACAAUGACAAUAAUAAUGAUAAUGGUCCACCGGCGGAUCCAAGCUAUGAUUUUGCAUUUAGAACGCCAGAAUAUCAACGUCGAGAAAAUUCGGAUAGCUUGGGCCGAGUGAGAGGCUUAUAUUCAUUCAUUGAUGAUGUUGGCGAAAAGCAUUUGGUUCGUUAUGCGGCCAGUGCUGAUCGGGGAUUUGAAGUGUUCAAUUCAGUUCCAGAUGCAUCGCGUUAUGUACAAUAUAGUGCACCGUUGUAUAAAACAUCACCAAAAGCACGUGGUCGAAUUGCUUACGAACGGGGACCAGGCCGCCAAUAUAAAUUUAUAUCAGCUGGUCCCGAUCAACGGCGCUCGGAAAGUACUGGACCGGAUGGCGUCACACGCGGUGCUUAUUCGUAUCUCGAUGAUAAAGGUGUUCAAAGAACAACACAAUAUAUUGCCGGUGCUGGCAUUGGUUAUCGCGUAGUCCAAGAUACAACUGGGCCUCAAACACAUUUAUUGCCCCGACCGGCGGUGGUUGAGUUCGGAAUAUUAUAUCCACGAAAUGGAGCUAGCGGUGGUGGGAUAAAUCGAGGUGGCAACGGUGCUACUCCUCCUGGCAAUGGCAAUGGCAAUGGCAAUGGCAAUGACUUUGAUUCAGAUGGAAACAAUGCUUUACCGGGUGGCACUCAACCAGGUGGUGGCGAUGAUGGAUUUGGUGGUCCACCGGGUGGCACAGGCGGCACCGGUGCCAAUGGCGGUGGUGUCGGUGGUUUCGACGAUAAUUCCAUUGAUAACGAUUUACCGCCAUUUGACGAUCGAGAUGAUUUCGAUAGUGGUGGAAAUCGUCCGGGCAUUCGACCCGGCAGUGAUGUUGACUUUUCCAAACCAAAUCGUGGUGGUUAUGGUACCCUCAUCACAAACAGAGGCGAUACAUAUUUUGCUGGAAUAGCGCCCGGAAAUUCCGUUCGAGCGCACGUUCAGAAUAUUGAUCUUAGACCGUACAGUAGCGAUGGUGAAUUGACCCCAGGUGAAGCACUCAGACGCGACGAACGACGAUCACAACGAUUACGAUUUAGAGGAUAGGACAAUAUUUAAAAAAAAAAUGAAUUAAGAAAAAACAACAACGAAAAGGUUC